CCCAGGAAUCGCAUCCAAUAUUCCAAUGAGCUUUUGCUGGCUUAUUUGUUGUAAUACAUUUAAUCUAUCGUCGAUCGUGAUAUCCAUGCUUUUACUCUUACAAAUUCAUUUAAUUCGAAGCAAAUAUUACUGCGAAAUAGGCUGAAACGUCAUUUCGAAUUAUUAUGUUUUAUUUCAACUUUAAACACAAUUGUUCGGCACCGGUUAUUAUAAACGAAUGAUAUCGAAGUUCUUUAACCCCUCAGGGUUAUAAGAAUCUUGUAUUUUUUAUUGACCAACAUGAAUUCGACACAAAGCUAAAUACCGUGCGUGCAAUUCUUAUGUCUCGUUAAGUCUAUCGGUUCGUUCAUCUAAACAGUGGAUAUUCUUUGAUAAUUCUUCCAACGGAUUGGAAAAUCGUAGGAUUAAGAUAGUAUUUUCGUACUUCGCAAGGGAGGCGUGAAAACAAUUCGACUGGUGCGCCCAUGUGGCAAACCUUAGUGAAUCGUGGUGAAUUGUAUUCUCCGAUCUUCUGGACGCUCCUCACGCGUAUCUUUCAGUAGGGUUAUUUAAAAAUGGCGGACGCAUCGUCUUCCGACACUACCUCAGACUGUUGCAAUGAAUGGUUCUCUGAUAUUACCUCCGAAAGAUCGGAAUACGUUAUAGUGGGUCAGAAACCGGGUCUUUCACAUCGUCGCAGUAAAAGACAUUUCUUACAGAAGCUAUUUUUAAGAGAGAUCAGAGGUUGUCUAGCGGCGCACAAUUAUGCAUCAGAGGAAAGACUUUUUGCUACUGUACCUUCAUGGAGACACUUGCCACUUUUACACGUAAUCCCAAAAUCUGCGUUAGAAGCAGGGCACAUUGUAAUGGGAUUGACGCAAUGUGGUCAGUUUUUACUUACAUAUACGUACACAAUGGAUGUGAGUGGGAAUACCUCUUUGUACAAAUACUUGUUACAUUGGUGGGCUUUUACACCGAACCAUGUUGCUCGUAAAGUUGCAGAGGUUACACUUUUUGGUAAUUACACUAUAUAUAGAGAGCUUAGCAUUGUCAUAUCUCAAUGGCCAAUGGAACGGAAUAAGUUAGUAAUACAUGGCCUUUGUACAAAUUGGCUGCACUUACAGCCAACGGAUAGAGCAUACUUAACGAUAACUACAGUUCCAUCUCUCGAGAAUUGUAAGGAUUGUUUAAAAGUUGCUGCAUCCUAUGAAGAGGAGGGCGAAGAAUUGGCUGCAAACUGGGAUGGUUGUGUCCGAUGUAACUGUUUGCAACACGGACUUACUGUCCAUACUACUUAUGAAGUAAUUUCCCCCUAUCCCAGGUUCCGAGCUACUGUCUGUUUGAAUUAUUGGAAUCACGUAGUAGUUAACACAGGAAACUUUUUGCAUGUACUCAGGGUGGAUUUGGACAUUCCGAAAUCAAAAAAUCAGAAGACUUGUGAUAAACAGGACACUGUGAUUCCUGACACGGUGCCAUUAGACAUGAGUGACGUGGAAGAAUUGGAUUAUACAAAGGUGGAACGUUAUGAAAGUUUAGACGAAAAAAUAGGUACACCUGAGCGAGUGAUUGACCGAUCUCCAAGAUGCGAGUCAAGUAUAGAACAUGACUUUCUAGAAGAACCAAUUAAAGUAAAUGAUAAGUUAGCUCACGAUCCAUCGAAUACCUCGAACAGUAAUCAAAGCGACUGUGUCUGUGAUAUAAGUAAGUCUAUCGAUACCGUAAGUGUUAAGUCGUGCGAGUGUGCGGAUCCCACCGAAUGUAAAUGCCUAAAUAUAAGACCGCAAGUCUCUCGGAUCGAGCAACAAGCGAUAUCGGUUAGGGAUAAGAUCUUGCAGGACUUCUGCGAAGACAUGUCUCAGGAACUUAAUAUUGGUAGUGAUUUGAUUACUCUAGUGAAGCAUCCCUCGUGUUCCCCUCGAUCAACUCCACAAAGGCUUCCCUCUGAUCUCAAGACGGCUAGCAGUUGGUCGUCGCCUAUUCUCACACCGCCAUCAGAUAUUCUAAAGACCCGCAAUUCGGAAUCUAGUCAUAAAAGCAGUCGCGGUCAACGCUCAAAUUCCCCGCAGCCAGGUGCUUCAGAGGAGAGCAACGUGACUUCCGUUAAUUCUCCGCUUCACUCAGUCUCCGUGAAUCCUUCCUCUUCGUGUUCUUCGCGUUUGAUGUCUCCGCCUGUAUCAAGGUCCUUCCGCCAUCCGAGUCCUCGUAAACGGUCUAAUUUACAUUCUCCCCCGCCCAUCGUGAAUUCGUCACAGUCAAGAACAAGGGCAACGCACAAACUUAUCCUCGAGGCGGAGAAAGCUUACGAGUUUACGGACGAAGCGCAAGAGACUUGUGAGAAGCUCAGCUCGUUCAGAAAACGUAGACUCGCCGAUAAAAAAUACGAGUUCUGCGAUGAAACAGAAGACGCCGAGAAUAUAGUUCCUUUCAAACACAUACGGGAUCAGUUCAGACACCGUGGCUGUUCGAUACAUCAGAUACCUUCGUCUCCGACUAUGUCACCUGUACUGCCGAAUGGCAAAAAGCACUGGGUAGAUUCUGAUCAAAGUGAAACUGACGAUUUUAGCGUUAACCAAGAUAUUGGAGCGUCGAAUGACGUAACUGUGGAUUCAGAGAAGAAUGUCUUACGUCCACUGAACCAAAAUCAGCUGCCUAAUGGAGCUAUAAGCAGAGACCGUUUGGGUAAACAUUCUUUGUGUUCUUCUCCGCUUGUCCCAAAAAUAAAUUUACAGUAUCCUACCAUAAAGUGCACUGCGCACUUUAAAAGAAGUUACAUAGAAAUGGAUGAUGAAAUGAUAUCAGUGAUUACAGACGUUGAAGACGAAGAAACGGGAGGGUAUGUGAGUUAUCAAUGCGUGCUUCCUAUGCAUGUCCAUGGGUCUGGAUAUGUGCAAAUGCAAAUGAUCAGCAACAGCAAAGCUGAAAAAUUGAUAGUACCUUGCGUGUCGAUAAAUCAGUUAAGUUUCGAUAUAGAAACGUUCUCUCAUCACAUCGCUGACUGGAUUUGUACGAGGUUUAAAAAGAGAUAUUGGCACUGUAGUGAUUACGACAUUGAAAUCAUAGAUAUAUGCGCGUUAAGCGGUGAUAUCAUCUGUUUGUUAAUUAUGAAAAUUCAAGCUAGUGAAAUUAACAAUCAGACACAGUGUUCCCAAGAAAGGAAACAAUACGAAGUGGGAUGCAAAUUUACGUGGAACAUCGAUACGAGUCAAUACAGAAUAACGGACAUAUUGCCGAUGGAAGAAGUAAAACCAGAAUCUUGGAAACCAAACUGCAUGAAUGUCCCAAAUUUUCGAAGUCCAUUGUGGAAUCCAACUCGACGUUUAGCACCAAAGUUACGUGAAAAAAUACAACAACCAUACGCGCAUACAGUACGGUUCUUGCAUAAUGAAAUGACUCUAGCCGGUGAAUCUAUAACUAGACUUUACGAUUUGGAUAAUUUGGUGGAAUUCUACAUAACGCCGAUGCCAAAUUAUCCUUCGAUCGAAUAAAGUAAUUGUCAGAUCCAGAAUAUGUUGCAAACAAUAAUUUAUUUAUUGAUACAAAUCUAAGAGUUUCAUCAUUAAUAAGGUAACGUGUACAAUGUAAUGAAUGUAUUGAAACCGUACCGUACAUAUAGUAUAUAUAAUAACUAUCUAAAAAAAUUGUUAGUUCCAAGCGUGGAUAACAGCAGAUAUGACACGUUGUAUAGAUUCAGUACUUUUUUCACAAGACUACUGAAUAAGUUGAUUGUUAAGUGCU